GGAGGCGGCGGCUCGCAGUCCUGGGGCCGCGUGGCCCAGCUCUAGUGGAGCCAUGGUCUCCAAGCUGAGCCAGCUCCAGACGGAGCUCCUGGCGGCCCUGCUCGAGUCAGGCCUGAGCAAAGAGGCGCUGAUCCAGGCGUUGGGUGAGCCAGGGCCCUACCUUCUGGCCGGAGAUGGUGCCCUGGACAAGGGGGAGUCCUGCGGUGGUGCACGAGGGGAACUGGCCGAGCUGCCCAAUGGGCUGGGGGAGACGAGGGGCUCCGAGGACGAGACGGACGACGAUGGGGAAGACUUCACACCACCCAUCCUCAAAGAGCUGGAGAACCUCAGCCCCGAGGAGGCGGCGCACCAGAAAGCCGUGGUGGAGACCCUUCUGCAGGAGGACCCGUGGCGCGUGGCCAAGAUGGUCAAGUCCUACCUGCAGCAGCACAACAUCCCACAGCGGGAGGUGGUCGACACCACUGGCCUCAACCAGUCCCACCUGUCCCAGCACCUCAACAAGGGCACCCCCAUGAAGACGCAGAAGCGAGCCGCCCUGUACACCUGGUACGUCCGCAAGCAGCGAGAGGUGGCCCAGCUCUCUGUGCCCACAGAGUUCACUCACGCAGGGCAGGGUGGGUUGAUUGAAGAGCCCACGGGCGAUGAGCUGCCAACCAAGAAGGGGCGGAGAAACCGUUUCAAAUGGGGCCCAGCAUCCCAGCAGAUCCUCUUCCAGGCCUACGAGAGGCAGAAGAACCCCAGCAAGGAGGAGCGGGAGGCGUUGGUGGAGGAGUGCAACAGGGCGGAGUGCAUCCAGAGGGGGGUGUCACCAUCACAGGCGCAGGGGCUGGGCUCCAACCUCGUCACGGAGGUGCGCGUCUACAACUGGUUUGCCAAUCGGCGCAAGGAAGAAGCAUUUCGGCACAAGUUGGCCAUGGACACAUACAGUGGGCCACCACCGGGGCCAGGUCCGGGCCCUGCACUGCCUGCCCACAGCUCUCCUGGUCUGCCCCCAACCGCCCUCUCCCCCAGUAAGGUCCACGGUGUGCGCUACGGACAGUCUGCUACCAGUGAGGGGGCAGAAGUACCCUCAAGCAGUGGUGGUCCCUUGGUGACGGUGUCUGCACCCCUGCACCAAGUGUCCCCUACAGGCCUGGAGCCCAGUCACAGUCUGCUGAGCACAGAAGCCAAGCUGGUCUCAGCCACUGGGGGCCCCUUGCCCCCUGUCAGCACCCUGACAGCGCUGCAUAGCUUGGAGCAGACAUCCCCAGGCCUCAACCAGCAGCCCCAGAACCUGAUCAUGGCCUCACUUCCCGGGGUCAUGGCCAUCGGGCCUAGUGAGCCUGCCUCCCUGGGCCCCACAUUCACCAACACAGGCGCCUCCACCCUGGUCAUUGGCCUGGCCUCCACUCAGGCACAGAGCGUGCCGGUCAUCAACAGCAUGGGCAGCAGCCUGACCACCCUGCAGCCCGUCCAGUUCUCGCAGCCACUGCACCCUUCCUACCAGCAGCCACUCAUGCCCUCCGUGCAGAGCCACGUGGCCCAGAGCCCCUUCAUGGCCACCAUGGCCCAGCUGCAGAGUCCCCACGCCCUCUACAGCCACAAGCCCGAGGUGGCCCAGUACACCCACACGGGCCUGCUUCCGCAGACCAUGCUCAUCACCGACACCACCAACCUGAGCGCCCUGGCCAGCCUCACGCCCACCAAGCAGGUCUUCACCUCGGAUACUGAGGCCUCCAGCGAGUCUGGGCUUCACACGCCGGCAUCUCAGGCCACCACCAUCCACAUCCCCAGCCAGGACCCUGCUGGCAUCCAGCACCUGCAGCCCGCCCAUAGGCUCAGUGCCAGCCCCACUGUGUCCUCCAGCAGCCUGGUGCUGUACCAGAGCUCCGACUCCACCAACGGUCACAGCCACCUGCUGCCAUCCAACCACAGUGUCAUCGAGACCUUCAUCUCCACGCAGAUGGCCUCAUCCUCCCAGUAACCAUGGCAACUGCUUCCAAGGGGCUGGGCCCUGAAGCCUACACAGCCUUUUUGAGGAGUGACGACGAGAACAUCUGAGGCUACAAACUUUCACUGCCUCUGGGCUGCUGCUCUUCCCGGGAAAAUUGUGCCUCAGUCCCUACCAGGUUGUUGACUUCAGAAAGGGAGGGUUUCUGAGGUGCCCCAACCCGAAGAGGGCUGCUUCAGUGUGCAAGAGGGGAUUAUGGAGAGCUGGGAAGCAGAGCCUGCUCCUGGCAGGACUCUGGAGGGACUGUCCCUGAUGCUGAGGGUAAACGUUGUCACUUGGAAGAGAAAGGGGAAGCCUGUGGACUUGGGGACCCCCAGCCUGGGCCUGUGGAGAGCACUGGCACCCUACUUCUCAGGACACAGGCCUGUGUGCCUGGGAGAGAGGCCACAGAUCAACAUGGCCCCAUUCUGUCACCUAUGCCCUGACUGGGCCACUCCACCCAGCCCCCCUUCCUGUUAUUAACCUGCACGUGCAUUUCAACCUACCUGUCCCCCCCAUUCAGAUCAGCAUUGCCUGGGUGACUACUCUGCACCAGGGCCUGGGGUGGGAAGGCCUCUCCAGCUUCCCGUGUCCUGAGCAAACUUCCUGAUGCCAGUCUGGCAUCUUGCCUCUACUAGAAAGCUCCCCAGAGGGCUAGACAUUGUCCUUGCUCCUGUGGGAGGCUCGUGAUUCUGCACUUGGUGCCAGCUUGAGUCGUGGGGCAGCAGGCCCUUUCCUGGUUUGGGGGAGAAGAUGCUGAGCUCAGAAGGCAGUAAGGCCAAAGCAGCUGGCAGAGCUGAGCCCAGAGGGGAGAAGAGAGGUGAGGCCGGUGGAGAGGCUGCCGUCUGGAAGCUUGGGGACUGGCUGGUGAGGGGAGGGGGAGAGGCCUAGACGGUUCUCAGCCCCCUGAAGACCUGCCUGAGGCCCUGAGGGACAAGGCAGCCAUGUCGAUCCAGGGCUCACUUGACCCCUCCCCAGGGCUGCUGCAGAUCACAGGGCCCUCAUGGACCUCCUCCACCUUGAGGAGGGGGCUGGGGAGGACUAGUGCCCCUGCAGCUU